UACAGGAAGUCCACGUUAAGUUUUUUUUGGUUUCAGCGACACCUGUUGACCAGAUAAAUUUAUUGGUGGGAAAACAUUGUUGGACGAAAAUUGAUCUUGGAACCAUGCCAGGUGGACUUGGUUCUCAGCAGUUUCAAAGCAUGGCUGCAGGGGCCCUAGCAGGGGCUGCCUCUGUCUUUCUCACCUACCAGGCAUAUUGUUACUAUAGACGCACGCAUAUACAUAGCCAACAGAGAGGGAAUCCACGUACAGAGCCGCUGGACACGGAAAUGGAUAUUGUGGGACAAAAUACUAAUCUUUCUGACAGCAUGAUGGAAUCUCCACAGGCUUCAAGAACACUGCAUAUACUUAACUCGCCUCCCAGACAUGCAGAUGGAUUGAUGCCAGUUCUCCCAGAAUCUCAAAAAGGAGAGGCGCAGGCGUUGCUUCACCUUCUGUAUCACAUAGCAGAAGAUCAGGGGAGACUUGAUGGGUAUGUUCACAGGGGGAUCACGUGUAACCUCUGUGGUCAGAGUCCUGUGUGUGGAACCAGGUUCAAGUGUGCCAACUGUAUCGACUAUGACGUCUGUGAGAGAUGUGAACCCAAAGAUUUACACAACAAAACCCAUUUAUUCAUCAAGAUCCGCAUCCCUCUACCACCUCUUGCCAACCCUAGGAUGCCUUUGUUUAAACCCCUCUAUCCAGGAAAGGAAUAUAAUGUUGUGAAACUUAACAAAGAAGAAAUAUCCAUUUUUAAAAAAGAGACUUUAUUUGACCAACAUGAGCUGGAGUCCCUGUACGACCAGUAUAAGUCCCUGUGUACAACAGAGAGGGGGAUAACAAGGGAUGUCUUCGACCAGUGCCUCGGUCCACUUGCGUCCACUAAAAACCUGGUAAUGGACAGGAUGUUUAAGUUUUAUGAUCGUAAUGAUGACAAGUACAUAGACUUUCAUGAGAUGGUCACUGGGAUGUCCAUACUGGUUAAGGGAACCAAGAUGGACAAGCUGCCUUAUGCCUUUGAAGGCUAUGACUUGGAAAACAAAGGGUCCAUUAGCAAGGAAAACCUGAGGAGAAUGUUCAAGGCUUAUUUCAACAUAACCAUAGAACUAGUGCGAGAUGUAGUCAAGGCCUGUGAGGAGGAGAUGAUGGCAAACUUCGAUGACAGUUCUGGCAAGCCAGUAUCAGCUCUGUUCAGUGCCCCUAUUCCAAUCGAGAGCACAAACAACAACAUCCCUAGUAAACAACCAUUUCCCGGGAACCCAGGAGGAAGGGAGACAAUGUGGCCAGUGAUGGAAGCAAUGUCCCAGGAUGCAAUAGAAGAAAUGGUGGACAACAUCUUUAAGAUGGCAAAGCUUCUAGAUGGACACAGGAUGCCAUUUAGCAAAUUUAAAGAGAUAACUCUUCAGGACGGCUCCUUGUGUGCCUGGUUUGAUGCUCUUGGAACUGUCUUCUGAUGACCACACGAUGACCAAUCACUGACCAUAGGACACUUGGUGACCAGUCACUAACCAUAGGACAUUUGAUGACCAGUCACUAAUCAUUGAACACUUGGUGACCAGUCACUGACCAUAGGACACUUGGUGACCAGUCACUGACCAUAAGCACUUGGUGACCAGUCACUGACCAUAGGACACUUGGUGACCAUUCACUGACCAUAGGACACUUGUUGACCAGUCACACUGACCAUAGGACACUUGGUGACCAUUCACUGACCAUAGGACACUUGAUGACCAGGCACUGAACAGGUGGAAUCAAGUGAGACAUUGUAAAAGCUAAUUGUACUUUAACAUCUAUUUCUUGGUAAAUAUAGGAUUAUGAUCUCAGUUUUCUUGGCCUGGUUGGCAGGAACAUAAAAAGUUCUUAUUACUAGAUAAAUGAGUUUGUAGGACAAGGAAUCUCAAAAACAUACUUCCUUUAAUAUCUUCUAUUUGUAUCUAAAUUAAAAAAUUUUUGACUAUGUCAGACAUUCAUUUUUGCUUUAAUGUCAGUCUGUAGGAAAUUUCAUUUCCUGCAAAAAGAAGAAAAUGGUAUCCGCAGACUGUUAUAAAUAUACAGUUAAUGGGCUUUGCCGACUUUACUGAAAACACUGUUAAUGCACUUCCCCAACAUCAGAAGCCCUGUAUUGAAUAUUAAAUGAACUUAGUAUUGUUCUGUGAGGAGUCCUGUGGUAGUAAAGGAAAUGAAUGGAUGCAUUUCUACAGAUACAUUGGUUACUUAAUUACUUCCUUUGAUUAUCAUUAUUUGUAAUCUUUGGGUCAUUCUUUUCCAAAAAGAAAAAAGAAGCACUACACAUUUUUGUAGCAGCAGAAUCACUGAUGAGAUUGAAAUGUUGAGUCUUGUGUCAGAGCCCCCC